AUGUCCACCAAGAACCCGAUCCGGCUUCCGCCGCUCCGCGUGCUGCGUGUGCGCAACCCCAACCGCUCCGAGUCGAACCCCUGCGUGACCGUGAUGUCUUCCGUCCUGGCCUGCUGGGCCUCGGCCGGCUACCACGGGAGGGGGUGCACGACGGUGGAGCAGGCGCUGCGCGCAUGCAUGGAUGCGCCGCCGCCGCCCAAGAAGGGCUCCAACACAAUCAACUACCAUCUUGCCCGCUUUUCGAAACGGCUGAUCGCCCAGGGGAAGAAGAACAAAUAA